AUCCAAAGGAAUAUCCUUUGGCUGAUACACCAACUCCUCCGGCGCUUAAACGUUUUUGCUUCGAUUUGAACGGACAACCUGCCUACAUUAGAGAGGACGAAGAUUCGGAACAACAAAUUAUCAAGCUUCAAGAAGCCUUGUAUAAUAUGCGCGCGUCUUCUACCCCAACAACGAGAACGGUCAAGAAAAGUGUUACUUCGACUCAGCAAUCAUUUAAUGAUAAUUAUAUAGAUUCUAUACCUUCUGGAGGUGGUGCUCGUAAAAGACCAGCUUCUCCUAUUGAACCAGUAAUCGAUUUCUCUGCUAACGCUCGGCAUCAAAAUAGUAUAAAUACUUAUACUAAACUAUCACGAGAACGUAGGUCUUUAUCUCCUCCUCAUAAAAAAGUCCGUGCAAAACCU